AUGAAGGCCUCCGUCUCCCUGAUAGUGGCCAUGCUCUGUGGCUUGGCCUGGGCUGGAAACCUGGAGUCAUGUGCGUCUCGCUGUAACGAGAAAUUUAACCGGGAUGCAGACUGCCAGUGUGAUCGUCGGUGUCCCCAACAUGACGAUUGCUGUGACGACUAUGAACAUCUGUGCACUGCUGAAGAAGACCCUCCGGAGCCAAAGGAGUUCCUGGAUCCAGAGGAUGAGAUCCCAGUCAGCCACCUGUACGCUGCACCAAACUCCUGCCAGGGCCGCUGCCGGGAAGCCUACGACAAGCACCAGCCUUGCCACUGCAAUGACCGAUGCCAAGAGUUUGGGAACUGCUGUGAAGAUUUUUACAGCUUGUGUGGUGACCAUGAGGGCUUCUCCCACCGCAGUGAUGCUGUAACCAACGAGGACCUUCAGAGUAUCUCUGAGACCAUCUACAGGGUAGACACCAAUAAAGCCCACAAGGAAGACAUUGUCCUCAACAGUCAAAACCGUGUCUCCCCAUCAGAGACAGGGAACCAAGUGGACCGCUGUCCGGAGCCGCUUUUCACUUACGUCAACGAGCAGUUGUUCACCAAGCCUACCUACGCAGCUUUCAUCAACCUGCUCAACAAUUACCAGCGGGCCACCGGCCACGGGGAGCACUUCAGUGCCCAAGAGCUGCAGGAGCAGGCUCUCUUCCUCAGGGAGGUCAUGAAGACAGCUGUCAUGAAGGAGCUCUAUGGUUUUCUCCAUCAGCAGAACCGCUACAGCUCCGAACAAGAGUUUGUGGAUGAUUUGAAGAACAUGUGGUUUGGGCUGUACUCAAGAGGCAAUGAAGAAAGGGAUUCGAGUGGCUUUGAACAUGUCUUCUCAGGCGAAGUGAAAAAGGGCAAGGUCACUGGCUUCCACAACUGGAUCCGCUUCUACCUGCAGGAGAAGGAGGGUCUGCUUGACUAUUACAGUCACAACUAUGAUGGGCCUUGGGAUUCCUACCCUGAUGUGCUAGCCAUGCAGUUCAACUGGGAUGGCUACUACAAGGAAGUGGGCUCAGCUUUCAUUGGCAGCAGCCCCGAGUUCGAGUUUGCCCUCUAUUCUUUGUGCUUCAUCACCAGGCCAGGCAGAAAGUGCCACUUAAGCCUGGGUGGCUAUCCUCUGAGCAUCCAGACCUACACGUGGGAUAAGACCACCUACGGAAAUGGCAAGAAGUACAUUGCGACAGCCUACAUAGUGUCGUCUACCCAAUAG